UUAACGAAGCACGUAAAAUCUGGUGUUUCGGUCCAGAAGGAACUGGUCCAAAUAUUCUUGUUGAUUGUACUAAAGGAGUACAAUAUUUGAAUGAGAUUAAAGAUAGUUGUGUGGCUGGUUUUCAAUGGGCAACAAAACAAGGACCUUUAGCCGAAGAAAAUGUACGUGGUGUUCGAUUUGACAUUCAUGAUAUCACAAUAUUUGCUGAUGCUAUUCACUGCACUGGUGGACAAAUUAUUCCAACCGCAAGACGUGUUUUGUAUGCGUGUAUAUUAACAGCUAAACCAAGAUUAUAUGAACCAGUUUAUCUAUGUGAAGUACAGUGUCCAGAAAGAGCUGCUGGUGGUAUUUAUGAAGUGUUGAAUCGUCGUCGUGGACAUGUGUUUGAAGAACAUCAUGUUACCGGCACGCCUAUGUUUAUUGUUAAAGCUUAUCUACCUGUCAAUGAAUCAUUCGGUUUCACUGCUGAUCUCUGUUCUUAUACGCGUUGUCAAGCGUCCUCUCAGUGUGUGUUUGAUCAUUGGCAAAUGAUGACACAAGAUCCAUUUGAAUCUGAAUCAAAAUUGAAAACUAUUGUUAAUGAUAUCAGAAAACGAAAAGGUCUCAAGGAAGGUAUCCCGCCCGUGGAUGAUUAUCUUGAUAAAUUGUAA